AUGAAAAGAAUUUCACACGCGUCACAACCACAUUUGACGAGUAUCCAGCCGAAACCACACGACUCCACCCGAUUCAAUCCCUCAAGUUUAGAACAGAAAGCCAUGAGAAAAUGGGACAAUUCACCCCGAUUAUAUCAUUAUCCAGUAGUAUCAGAGGAUCGGCAGCCAUUAUCAGCACACAGUGGCGCAGCUUCUGUUGUUCCUACAGGGCUUUUAGUUGAUACAAAUCUUGAUACUUCCAUACCAGACACUUACAUACACCCACCAGCACCUUUACCAUAUGAAGCAAUUGUUGGGGAUCCUCAAACUCAAACCCCUCUUGUGCAAACAAAUAGUUCUGACCCUAUUGAAGAUAUAAAAAUCAGUAAUAAUGGUGAAAAUCUGGCUAAGGAAACCAUGGAAUCUGAUUGCAAAGACCAAAUUGAUAUCAAACUUGUUGCUACCGAAGAAGACGAUGGCGAAGUCAAGAAGUCAAAUGCACCUUUUGUAGCCCCUGAGGAGUGUCCUACAUGUCUUGAAGAAUAUGAUGAAGAAAAUCCAAAAAUAGUGACGAAAUGCGAGCAUCAUUUUCACUUGUCGUGCAUUCUUGAAUGGAUGGAAAGAAGUAAUACUUGCCCUGUGUGCGAUCAGAUAAUGGAACUCAACUUUCCGAUCAACGACUAGCGGUGGAGUAAGUACCAAAUGAAAUGUGUAGUAUUAGUUUCAAACAUAGUUAGGUCUCAUAUUUUUAAUUCUUUUUUCCUUUUUUUUUUUGUUAUUUGGAUGCAUAGUAUAGUGUCUUUUGUUAAUUCCAUUGGAAAUAAAAAUACAAUAUACGAACUUGAAAGGCAAUACCCACAUGGAUCUUUUCCGUAACAAAUGACAUAUAAGGACC